UCCAUUUCUUCCUGCAACACCCAGGUUUCCACGGCUAAUCCUAAUCUUGGGCACUGGGUUGCAUCUCUCGUCAACGCUGUUCCAGUAAUCAGGUCCACAGCUCAAAGUUCUUACCUUUUCUGUCCAAAUUCUGAUUCUCUUCAUGGAUUUCCCGUUCCUGGAAAAGCUGAAAAUUUGGAAGAAAAAAGCAGAGCAAGAAGAAGAAGGUCCUCCUCUGGUGUGGUUCGAAACCUCUGCCACUGUUUCUCGCCGCUUCCAGUUUGAACCCAAUGGCCAACUUUCUGUAACGCUUGUUGGUGAUUCUAGGCCAUUAUACCACAGGAUUGUUGACUCUUUCUUGAAUAAAUUUUUCCCUUCAGGAUAUCCAUACAGUGUGAAUGAAGGUUACCUCAGAUACACGCAGUUUCGAGCACUGCAACACACUGCCAGUGCCGCGCUAUCAGUGUUAUCAACUCAGUCACUGCUAUUUGCUGCAGGCUUGCGGCCCACUCCUGCACAAGCGACUGCUGUUAGUUGGGUUUUAAAGGACGGUAUGCAACAUUUAGGGAAUAUAAUAUGUAGCAAGUUGGGUGCAAGAAUGGAUUCUGAGCCUAAACGUUGGAGAAUCUUAGCUGAUGUGCUCUAUGAUUUAGGCACUGGUUUGGAAGUUCUUUCUCCCUUGUGUCCACAGUUUUUUCUUGAGAUGGCAGGCAUAGGGAAUUUGGCCAAGGGGAUGUCAAUUGUUGCAUCACGAGCUACAAGAUUACCUAUAUAUUCUUCAUUUGCUAAAGAAGGAAAUCUAAGUGACCUAUUUGCUAGAGGGGAGGCUAUUUCAACUCUCUUUAAUGUUGUUGGAAUUGGAAUUGGAAUUCAAUUAGCAUCUACUGUAUGUGCGUCAAUGCAGGGAAAGUUGGUUGUGGGGCCUCUACUAUCAAUUAUACACAUAUACAGUGUUUCUGAAGAAAUGAGAGCAACUCCUGUCAAUACCUUGAAUCCACAAAGGACUGCAAUGAUUGUGGCUGAUUUUCUCAAGGCUGGAAGUGUAUCAAGCCCAGCUGAUCUAAGAUAUCGAGAAGAUUUGCUAUUUCCUCGGAGACUCAUAGAAGAUGCUGGAAAUGUAAGAGUUGGUAGGGAUUUGCACAAGGUUAUUAAGCCUUCAAAGCUUCUUGAAUCAAAACAAGUAUUCCCUGGGGAGAAGUUUAUUUUAAAUGGUGAUAAUAGGUGCAUCGACAUGGUAUUGGAGCAGGAUGCUAUCGGCAAAGAUGCAUUGAGAGGGUGGCUAGUUGCUUCAUAUGCUGUACAAAUUGGCAAGUCCUCUCACGAGCUCAGUACCAGUACCCUGCUACAGGCCUAUGAGAAAAUGAAUGAGGUCUUCCCUGCCUUUAUAAAAGAAUUACAGUGCAAAGGGUGGCAUACAGAUCGGUUUCUUGAUGGAAGUGGUUGCCGCUUUGCAUUGUAGUGUACAAAUUAAUCCUAUAUUGGCUUUAGUAGGCCUUUUACCUAUUGCGAGAGAUUUGAUGCAUUACAUGUGAUGGUUCAGGUUACUUCUUCAAGUUAAUCUUAAUAUAGCUGUUUGUAUCUAACUAUCCUGCUGCAGGAUGAUCAACGGUCCAUAUCCUGAAAUGUAGGAUGCAUAUAGUAGCAAUUGACUUUGUUUUCUUCUCUUGGCUUGA